AUGGCCGGUCCAAGCACCACUACUGAGAAUCUGGAAUUAUCCAGCCCAUAUUCCCUACGUUCCUGGACUAUCCCUAGGCCUGCCGGUAAAUUACGGCGCAUGGUGCUCCCUUUCCCAGCUACAGCUCGCAAGGCCGAACUCUAUAAACUUUUUAUCACCAAUACCUGUACUCCCCAGCCGGGCGUUGUCCUUCAUCCCGACAACUACACAGAAAUCAAGGGGUUAAGGUCGUCCCUUCUUGCCUCUAUUAUUACUAUCAGUAGUAGGCUAGAGAAGUGUGAAACUCCUCAGUCAGCGACAGCCAACCCGCCCGUAGAGACCCACUCCAGCUCCCUCUAA